AUGUCCGCCCUACCUAUGGCAGCACCUCCCAAGACCCCUUUGGGUCGAUACCGCAUACUCUCUCCCACGGCUUCCGUUCGUGUGAGCCCGCUGUGCCUCGGCGCCAUGAACUUUGGCGACGCUUGGCAAGGUUACAUGGGAACAUGCGAUCAAAAGACCGUCGACGGUAUUCUCGACUUUUUCCACGAGCAGGGCGGUAACUUCAUCGACACCGCCAACAAUUAUCAAUUCGAAGAGUCCGAAGCCUGGAUCGUCAUCGCGACCAAGUACACCACCAACUUCAAGGCCGGACCGAAGGCCCCUAAUAUCAUGGCGAACUUCACCGGAAACGGCAGCAAAAGUCUGCAUACCUCUGUUGAGGCCAGUCUUCAGAAGUUGCAGACUGACUACAUCGACCUACUCUAUGUGCACUGGUGGGACUAUUCUACUUCGAUUCCUGAGUUGAUGCAAUCUCUCAACCACCUUGUUGUCACUGGCAAAGUUCUCUACUUGGGCAUCAGCGACACUCCUGCGUGGAUUGUCAGCAAGGCGAACGAGUAUGCCAGGAACCAUGGGCUCCGCCAAUUCUCCGUCUACCAGGGCCGUUGGUCUGCUGCUUCUCGCGACUUCGAGCGGGAGAUCAUUCCGAUGACCAAGGCUGAGGGCAUGGGCUUAGCUCCCUGGGGUGCUUUGGGCGGCGGCGCUUUCAAGACGGAAGAGCAACGCAAGUCCCAGGAGGGCCGCAAGGUUCAGGCCAGUGAGGCGCAGAUCAAGAUCAGCCAGGUCCUGGAGAAGAUUGCCAACCGCAAGAACACCAUCAUCACCAGCGUCGCUCUUGCAUAUGUCAUGCACAAGACACCUUAUGUCUUCCCGAUCGUUGGUGGACGCACCGUCGACCACUUGAAACAGAACAUCGAGGCCCUUGCCCUCCACUUGACCGAUGAGGACAUUGAGGAGAUUGAAGGAGCUGUGCCAUUCGACAUGGGAUUUCCUCACAACUUCUUGUGGGGCGAAAAGAUCCCAUCGAAUCCUAGUGAAGUCUGGCUUCUGAAUAUGGGUGGAACAUUCGACUACGUCCCUGAGCCCAAGGCCAUUGCGCCAAAAGAAGGCGGACACUAG